UAAAAAUAUUUUAAAAAUUAUCAAAGAAUAUGAACAUGAAAUUUACAGAUGAGGAUCUUUAUGUAGUCACUUAUAUGAAAAUAUGUUCAACCUCAUAAGUAAUCAAAGAAUCGCUCAUUAAAACAACAUUUAAUUACUAUUUUCCUGGUAUCAGAUGGACAAACAUGAAAAGACAAAACAAAACAAGAAAGAAUCCUGAUAAUUCUGUAUGUUGCUGAUUCUGGAGCAGUGGGUUCUUAUAUAUUUUGCUGGUGGCAGUGAAAUCUAUAUUAUUGCUUUGGACAGUGAUUUGGUAACAUCUGAUUUAUUCAAAGAUGCUUAUAUGUUAACCUAGUCCCUGGGUAUUAUAUUCUAUAAAAUUUUUUGGCAUGUGUACUCAAGGAGAAAUGUUCAGAAGGUUCAGUGUAGUGCUGGUUUUAAUUGUAACCUGGAAUGAAUGUCCAUUAGAAGAAUAUAUAAAUUGGUAUAUUUGUAGUAUGUGACUAUUAAAAUGAAUUAACACAAAGUAUGUAUUAAUUGGGAUACAUAUGCAGGAAGAGAUUAUAUUAUGAAGGUAACUUGUUUAGGAUCACAAAGUUAGUCACUGGUUGAAAUCUCAAUGCUUUGUCUUUUUGAACUUCAAAUGGAAUCAUGUACCAUUUUUGUACUUUAAUCAUUCUGCAUUUGGUACAGUUAAAACUUAAAAAAGCACAAACUGCUUAAUUAGCAAAAAAUUAAGGAAUACAUGGUUUACACAUGAACUCCCAAUUUUCUCUGACUCCAAUUUGUGCCAGUAACAUUAAAUUCCUAGCAGAAAGUUGCUUACUUAGGACAGGUUUUUGUUUGAAGGAGAGGUUCAGUAUUAUGGAUUUGCAAGUCAGAAAGGGGUUUGCAGAGUUUUGUGUCCAUUGUGUGGUGCACUAUAUCUAAUUACUAAUUCAUAAUUAGGUCAUGUAAUCUGAAAAGGUGGCUACAAAAGACAGCAUUAGAGUUUGCAUCUUGAGCACCCUUCUAGCCCUUUUCUUCAAUCCAAUUUUAUUUUUAUUUUUUGGCUAAUGGGGAUUGAACUCAGGAGCACUGGGCCACUGAGCCACAUCCGCAGCUGUAUUUUGUAUUUUAUUUAGAGACAGGGUCUCACUGAGUUGCUAAGCAGCCUUGCUUUUGCUGAGGUUGGCUUUGAACUUGGAAUCCUCUUGUCUUAGCCUCCAGUCUAAUUUUAAAUCUCAAUUGUAACUGGCUCAUGUAGAUUAAGCAGAAAAUUACAUUGUUAUAAAAAAGCCAAGAAAAUUGACAGGUGAGAGAGACAUUAAAGUAAAAACAGAUACCAGCAGUUCCAGGAGUGCAUAUCAGAUUACCUCAAAGUUCAUGACACUGCCAGUCCUAUCACUUAAUUUUAAGCACUAUAUAAAUGAUUGUAAUGUAGACUCAAGGAAAAAAAUUAUGAUUUCUUUAAAAAAAGUAUAUAUUUGCACACACACAUACACACACACAUACAUACAUACAUACACACACAUAUAGAUAGAUACAUAACAGCUGGGAAAAUUUAUAUUUGAAGAAGGACAACAAAAAUAAAAUGGCAGAAUCUUCUGCAUAAAAGUGAUAGUGGUCCAAUUACGGGCAUGGGCAAAACAAUCUUUGGGAAUUCCACAAACAUACUUUGUGCUGCUUGCCCGCAACUCCCAUCAUUAUCUAGGACAGACAACUCCUUGUACCAGAGACAGGGGCUCCAACUGGCUCUUCUACCCGCCCACUUUAGCUUCAGGACACUUUCCCCUCAAUAGGAGUUGCACCAAGUGUUGACAGCCACCUGUUUUGGAAGUGGGAAACCUAUGGGGUUGGUUGGACUUGAGCUCUUGCGCACUUCCCCUGGCGUUGGACUGGUAGGUAGGGCCCGUGGAUCCCAUGAUCCUGAGCGGCCCCAUCUCCAAGCCCGCCACCCAGCAGGCCUCGGGGCGACUGCGCGCAUGCGCACUCUACAGCGGAGACGGUGCGAAUCCUCGCCUCAGCUGCAGCUGAACAGGACUUCAACUUCUGGAGAUCUCAUUAACAUGUCUUUGUGUGAAGACAUGUUGCUUUGUAAUUAUCGAAAGUGUCGCAUCAAACUCUCCGGUUAUGCCUGGGUCACUGCCUGUUCUCAUAUCUUCUGUGAUCAGCAUGGCAGUGGUGAAUUUAGUCGUUCACCAGCUAUCUGCCCUGCCUGCAACAGUACCCUUUCUGGAAAGCUGGAUAUUGUCCGCACUGAACUCAGUCCUUCAGAGGAAUAUAAAGCUAUGGUGUUGGCAGGGCUGCGACCAGAGAUUGUGUUAGACAUUAGCUCCCGAGCACUGGCUUUCUGGACAUAUCAGGUACAUCAGGAACGUCUCUAUCAAGAAUAUAAUUUUAAUAACUUUGGCAAUGAAAUUAUGGCUAUCAAUGGAAACUGCAUCACAGAAGGUAUUGUAGAUAACUUUAGUCAUGGGGAGGGAGAGAUGCUUAUUAUCUCCCUAAUUUUUUUUCUAGGUAACAGCUCCAAGUUUCCUUUGGACAAUACACCAGUUCGAAAUCAGGGUGGUGGAGAUGGAGAUUUUCAGUUUAGACCAUUUUUUGUGGGUUCUCCUACAGCACCUGAAGCUAGCAACAGCUUUUUUAGUUUUGCCUCUCAAGGCCAUGAAUUAGAGCAGCAACAAGUCUCUAGCAGGGCCUUCAAAGUAAAAAGAAUUUAGUUGAUUUUAUAGGAUGUUUGUUUGCAUUCAGUGAUUUCAUUUAUCAUAGAAUCUUUAUUCUACGUAAGAGUUGUCAACUUCCCUGUGCUGUUAAGUCUUUAAAGUUCACUUCACAUUUCAACUUAUAAAAAAUUCAGUGGCAGUA